UUUACUGACGUAUUUUUUGUGGAGAACAAAACGCUAAAAUCUCUUCCGCUUCUGUUAACCACAGACCCUGGCGCUUCAUUUUUUUUGUGCUAAUAGACCUAUGGGUGUUUUUAUCAGAGAGAUAAUCACACAGCUAGUGAACUAGAGCAGAAACAGGAAGUGUUUUUUCUGCUCGGACAGAAGAAGAAGAAGAAGAAGAGUUGAUCUCAUUGCACGAGAAGAAGAAUGAAGGACACAUCUCUCCUGCUCUUGCUGUCCUCCCUGUGCUGCUGCUCGACAGACUCAGCUCGUCUGACGGUGACUCCCAGCAGCUCUCAGGUGUUUAAAGAUGAACGUGUCUCUCUGAGAUGUGAGGACGCCUCUGAGGGAUGGACUGUGAGGAGAAACACGAGCAGGGAAAGAAGAGCUGAGUGUGGAGUCGACUGGGGAACACCUGCUGGUUCCUCCUGUACCAUCAGCCCCAUGGACCCAAAGGACAGUGGAGAGUACUGGUGUGAGUCCACAGAGGGAUCCACCAGUAACACCAUCACCAUCACUGUCUCUGGUGGAUCAGUGAUCCUGCAGAGUCCUGCCCUCCCUGUGAUGGAGGGAGAUGACGUCACUCUGACCUGUAGAACAAAGAUGGCCGACCCCCCCUCUGCUGAUUUCUACAAAGAUGGCGUCUUCAUUGGGACUGAGUCUGAUGGUCACAUGACCCUCCUCCAUGUCUCCAGGUCUGAUGAAGGCCUCUACAAGUGUAGAGUCCAGAGUAAAGAGUCUCCAGAGAGCCGGCUGUCUGUCUCAGAGAAACCCACCACCACUCCCCCCGCCUCCUGGUUGCAUCCUGUUGCUGCAUCCCUCUGUGUUCUGGUUCUGCUGGUUCUGCUGGUCCUGCUGGUUCUGCUGGUUGUUCUGGUGCGACGAUGCAUCCGAUGGAAACGUGAGGCGGCUGAAGUGGAAAAGGGAGAAGACGUCACAUACAGCGAUGUCAACAUAUCCCAAAGCCGGAAGAAGCCAAUCAAACAGAGCCGAGAGAGCGGUCCAGCUGCAGUUUACUCUGAGGUGAAGACGAAGAGAGACGUCUGUUACGGAGAGAUCACGAUCAACACAAACAGGAGGAGAGCCGCUGAAGUGGAAAUGGGAGACGACGUCACAUACAGCGAUGUCAAAACAUCCCAAAGCCGGAAGAAGCCAAUCAAAAAGAGCCGACGGGGCCGAGAGAGCGAUCCAGCUGCAGUUUACUCUGAGGUGAAGAGGAAGAGAGACGUCUGUUACGGAGAGAUCACGAUCAACACAAACAGGAGGAGAGCAGAGAUCGUGCCCGAGCCGGACGUCCUGUACUCGUCUCUGAAGUAAACCUGAAGAAGGACUCCUCUGGACAUCUUUUUAUUCUGUUUUACUAGUGACUCUAAAGUGACUCUGUAGUGACUCUGUAGUGACUCUGUGGUGACUCUAUAGUGACUCUAUAGUGACUCUAAAGUGACUCUAUAGUGACUCUAUAGUGACUCUGUAGUGACUCUGUAGUGACUCUAUCGUGACUCUAUAAUGACUCUAUCGUGACUCUAUAGUGACUCUAUAGUGACUCUAUAGUGACUCUGUAGUGACUCUAUAGUGACUCUAUAGUGACUCUGUAGUGACUCUGUAGUGACUCUAUAGUGACUCUAUAGUGACUCUAUAGUGACUCUAUAGUGACUCUAUAGUGACUCUAUAGUGACUCUGUAGUGACUCUAUCGUGACUCUAUAGUGACUCUAUAGUGACUCUAUAGUGACUCUAUAGUGACUCUAUCGUGACUCUAUAAUGACUCUAUCGUGACUCUAUAGUGACUCUAUAGUGACUCUGUAGUGACUCUGUAGUGACUCUGUAGUGACUCUGUAGUGACUCUAAAGUGACUCUAAA